AUGGCCACGCUUGUCACUGCGAGCUUGCCAGUUCCGAGCGCCGUCAUGGACUUGACCAUGGCAACGACAAACACCGAUAGCCAGCCCAGCCAACAUGAUGACGGGUCAAAUACCCAGGCUACAGUCGCCGAUUCUGAUGAUACCUCCACACAGGGCAAUGACAGCGAGAAUGGCAAGAUUGACGGCAGCUCUCCAUUGACCGAUGCCUCGUCCUCUGGAAGUACCAUUUCGAAGGAGGAUAAGACGGUUGGAGUAGACGAUCUGGCCGAGGACGCUAUUGAGGAAACAGAGGCUGUCCCGGAUUGGCAUGAUGAUAGACACUACCUAUACGAACGAUACAUGGAGACAGUAACGCAACUGUCUAAGGGCGACCCUGGUCAGAAUUUAGUCAGUGGCGUCAUGGACUACAUGCGUGUGGUCGAUCAACGUCUUCGGCUUAUCGAGGAGAAAUUGCAAAGCAACAUCCCCGACGACCCAACGCCAGAAGAAGAACCUGCUGUUGACGGCGAUGAUGUUCUUUCCGAAGCGAACACAGCGGACAUUGACAUCAACAACGUCCUACUGGAGGCAAAUCUCUUCGAGGCAGAAGAGGGUGACUUCAAUCCUGACGGCUUCUUUUUAGACAAGACACAGUGGUCCGGGGCAUUUGCAUCAACAAUCGGCCCUUCUGAGAUUCUGAGAGCCAUGUACAGCAAGGCUUCUGACGCGGCUGUCGACAGAACCAACCAAGAUGCUUCUGAGAUUGACAUCAUCUAUAUCAGCAUCUGGUCAGACCCUAUUGCAUCCUUCUUCAGGGACGUCCUCCUCCUUGAUUGCGGCUCAGGGAAUUCCAUUCAACUCACGAAGCCAUUUCGACCGCUGAUCAGCAAUAUCAACUCUCUUAGAGAGCAUCUCAGCAAGCUGGAAAAUGCUUAUGGUGGCCAGCGCACAAACAUCAACGGAGUCGCCCUCAAACACUGA